AAAGCUUGGUAGCUCACAAAUGGCUAGAACCAAGUUCGUAGCACUUAGCUUCAUCGUCCUCCUCAGCAUUGGACUAUCCAAUGCUGCAAGGGUUUCUCGAUAUGUGAGUGCUGGGGGUGGAGGUGGCGGCGGGGGCGGAGGUGGUGGGUCUGGGGAUGGUUCUGGAUCAGGAAAUGGCUCAGGCUCUGGGUAUGGCCAGGCAAGUGGGUCUUCCAGUGGAGCAUAUGCUAGUGGAGGCGGUGGGGGUGGAGGGGGUGGAGGGGGACAGAAUGGAGGAUCCGGUUACGGUUCAGGCUCUGGUUCUGGGUAUGGCCAGGCAGGUGGGUAUGGAUCUAACGGUGGAGCUUAUGCUCAAGGAGGUGGACAAGGUGGAGGUGGUGGGGGUGGACAAAAUGGUGGGUCUGGUUAUGGCUCUGGUUCCGGUUCUGGGUAUGGUCAGGCUGGUGGGUAUGGGCCGUAUAGCGGAGGGUACGCUCAGGGUGGUGGUCAAGGUGGAGGUGGUGGCGGUGGACAAAAUGGCGGGUCUGGAAGUGGAUCCGGUUCUGGUUCUGGAUAUGGUCAAGCCAGCGGCUAUGGUCCGUAUGGUGGUGGGUAUGCUCAAGCAGGUGGCCAAGGUGGUGGUAGUGGUGGAGGUGGUGGACAAUAUGGCGGUUCUGGACAAGGUUCCGGUUCCGGUUCAAGUUAUGGUCAAGCUGGUGGGUACGGACCUUAUGGUGGUGGAUAUGCUCAGGCGGGUGGUCAAGGUGGUGGCGGUGGUGGUGGGCAAAGUGGUCCAGGUGGCAGCGGAUAUGGGAAUGGCUCAGGAAGCGGUUCUGGAUCCGCUGGUAGUGGCGGUGGAUACCCCUAAAACUUUCAAGUUACAGAAGCGCAAUUCUGAUGUCAAUAUACUUACUAGCUUGUACUAUGGUUCAUGUGCAGACGUGUUGUGUACUCAUAUAAGGAAUAAUUGGCCGUUCAUGGCUUCUGUAAUAAGAGUAGUACGUGGCGUUGUACUACCAACCAAUUUAUAUGUCGUGUAAGUGCUAAUUUGUUUGUGUUUU